AUGAACCCGACGAGAGUGACAGUAAUCAACAUGUUGACGGCAAAAUCAGACCUGACGAUACAUUGUAAGUCGAAAGACGACGAUCUGGGCGAACAUGUGCUGCCGUAUCAACAAUCUUUUGCUUGGAAUUUCAGGCCCAAUUUUUGGCAAACGACCCUGUUCUUCUGCUCCUUCGCUUGGCAAGGCAGUGGUGACUCGCAUUCGUUUGACAUCUAUGUUCAGAGGAGGGAUCAGAGCCGCUGCGUUGAUUGCAGAUGGGCCAUCACCGAGAACGGACCUUGCUUGUACAAAUGGAGGAGCUCAGAUUAUGAUGUUUGUUACCCUUUUAAAAAUUAG